AUGCCUAAAAUCAAUAUUGCCAUUGACGGACCAGUCGGCUCCGGCAAAACCACGAUUGGCCGCUUGGUGGCCCAAAAAUUAAAUUAUCAAUUUUUAGAUAGCGACUGGUUUUUAAUUGAUAACCCGGAAAUUGCCGUCCAAUUAGAGCAGCAAAGAGACAUUUUGGGUUCUGAAAAAAUUGGCAAUUUGGCUUCGCAAUUGGCAAUUAUCAAAGAAUUACGAACCAUUAUUCUCAAUUGUCAACGCUUAUUGACCCAAAAUAAAGGCUGGGUUGUAGUCGGACGAGACAUAACCUCGGAACAGCACCAGGGAAAAAUAAACCGAGAACAAGUUGAAAAAGAUUUGCUGGCUCGCGAUGAAAAAGAUAAAAACCGCACCCUUUCUCCCUUACGAAAAACGGCCGAUA